CUUGACUCAAAGAUAUUGGUUCAUCACACUUUUGUUGCGUCAGCAACUAUUCAAAUCAUUUAUAUAUCCAAGGCCACUGGAACUUUAAGAGCAAAUAGUAUUUGAACUUUACCGUGGUAUGUCAAGUCUUGAUAUCCCAGCAGAUUUGUUUAAAAAGUUGGUUAGUGUUCUAACCACUUGGCUAAAGACAUUAGAUGAAUUUACUAAGAAAGAAGAGGAGUUCGUUAAUACUUCACGAAAUUUACGAAAUUCUAGUGUCGAUCCCAAAUACUGGGCUACAACAAGUGAAUUAGCGUACUCAGUGGGGAAUAUAUGCGAAUGUUAUAAAAACACAAACCAACAAACACUCCUGGAACCUUUGAAAAAAAUUUGUGGCAUACUACCCUCUAUAAACGACAUUUUUGUUGAGAGGGAAGAAAUUCUAAAAGAAAUCAACCGGAAAUGUCGAAAAAUUCGGAAACCAGAACUCCCAGAGAAUGGAAAUGAAAUUUCAGGAAGGAAUAAAAAGAUUUCACAAUCAGUUGAUUCGUUAACAAGUCGUUUACACGCUAUUGAAUACAUAAUAAACGUCAAUUUGGUAGAUCUCACUUCAACGUUAGAAGUUUUUUUAUCGUCAUCCUUCCAUGCUCAUCUCGAUUGCACUUACGAAUUUUUCCAAAAAGCAUCGAUAGUCAAUCAACAAAUGUCAGAUUUAUUGAAUACUGGUGAAAGUGAACUCAGUCUGUUAGAUAAAAAAAUGGACGAGGAUAUGAACUCCAUAUACAAGCUUUUACAUCUGAAAUCUGAAAAAUAAUUAAUUCUUGAUUUGUUAACAUUUUGUUGGUUCUAUUUUCCUCAGAAUUUUAUUGGUAUGGUGCAAUCUAAUUUGGUUUUUUUUAUUAAAUACAAUUAUUUUAAAAGA